AUGUCAUCAGUUCCACAGAGAAAGAAGAAGACAGUAAAAGUCACAAGAUCCUAUCCAACCUUCCCUACCCUGAACGCCUGGGAAGAAUUCAGGGGCCUCUUGCCUGUGGAUGGGGAGCCAAACCCUGGAGUGGGCCUGGGUGUGGAGGAGGGACUGCUCUGCCAGAUGGUUCAUUCUCCGGAAUUCAACCUGUUUCCUGACUCAGUGGUGUUUGAAAGCAAUUUUGUCCAGGUCAAAAAGGACAGGAAGUGGAUAAACAUCUACAAAGCCUCCAACACCAUGGCCCUCGGGGUCACCUCCUCCGUGCCUUGCCUGCCCCUUCCCAACAUCCUCCUCAUGGCCAGCGUCAAGUGGCACCAGGGGCAGAGCCAGACGUGGAACAGACCAUCCACAGCCCCACACAUCAUCCUGAAGAGGAUUCUCCCACUGAAGUUUGUGGAGCUCCAGAUCUGUGACCACCUUCAACGCAUCCUGCGGUUGAGGACAGUCACUGAGAAGAUCUACUACCUAAGGCUCCACCCUGACCAUCCUGGGACUGUCUUCCGCUUCUGGAUUCGACUGGUUCAAAUUCUGCAGAAUGGCCUGUCCAUCACCACCAAAGACCCUAGGAUUCUUGUCACUCACUGUCUGGUACCCAAGAACAGCUACAGCCCCUCAGGAGACUCUAAGUUAGUACAGAAGAAACUCCAGGCCUCCCAGCCCAGUGAGAGCCUCAUGCAGCUGAUGGCCAAGGGGGAGAGUGAGGCCCUCUCUCAGAUUUUUGCCGACUUGCACCAGCACAACCAGUUCAGGAGCAGCAAAAAGACAGACACCAAAAAGGACAGCUCAGAGAAAGAUACUCCCGGUGAAGACUGCAUCCCUUGCACCCGUGACCUCAGUUGGAGGGAUUCGCUCACCUAUGGAGAGUGGGAAAGAGAGAACCCCUCUGGGCCGCAGCCCCUCUCACUCCUCAGCACUCUGGCAGCCUCCACAAGGCCACAGCUGACCCCACUCAUAGGUACAGGGGCUGAGGCCCACCAAGCCCGCAGGUCCAGGGACCAGAGCAGGGCGGGAAUCCGGUCCGCGCAACUCGGCGCGCUCGCGGGGACGUGGCGCUUUCCAGCCAAUCCCAGCUACGCGACUGCGGGACCAAUGGCUGUCCGGGGCAGCUAUGCGUCAGCGGCCGGUUUGUUGACGAUUGGUCGGGAGGCCGCCGGCGAGGCGGAGAGGGGCGGGGCGCGGAGCCGCUUCCGGUUGGGCGGUGCUUGUGCGCGUGAGCUGAGCCGGUGGUUGAGCGGAGGCCGCGGCACGCUCGGGGACCCGGGGCCUGAGCCGGCUCGCGACCCCAGGGCCCUCGGCGCGUAG